AUGGAAACGCCGUCGACCAUACCUGUGCCACCCCGCCGUCGAGCCCACCGGACACAGCAGGGCUCUUCUCAACGUCCUCAAUCUUUGCCCGCUCGUUCUCUCACGGCAUCUGAGCAGCCGCCCACCAACCAUGUACACGUCCAACCCGCAUCCCCCGAAGUGAUUUCCUCCCUCAUCUCCUCGCUUUCUACCAUCUCGAGCCCUGCGCGGAACCAUUUCGAUAGUCUUCCGAAAAUCGGCUCCCACACUGAACCAUCUUCUCCUAGCUAUCUGCAACAAGAAUUCCCUCGCGAUGACAAAGAACCGGCACCCAGUUCCGGAUUUGGGAUGGACUACGGGGCAUACAAGCUUCCGACCGAUGGACCCGACUCUGCCCUUUUGCACCCAGACGAUGCGGCUAUAUCACCCAUUGUCCGCAUGUCCAAACCCCCAGCGCGAUCACAUUCGCGGCGGUCGUCUCGAAGCACCAAACAUGAAUCGUCUCUGAUGCGAUCGGGAUCUAGAGCGUCGUAUGCGUCCUCGAAACACGGAAAGGAUGAACUGUCGAGUUUUGGGAUAGUGAGCUUGGAGCCCGGUCCCCGGUUGUCAACGACAAGCAUCGCAUCGUCCAGCAGCGGAGGCAGAAGGAGCUUGAAAAACCCAUUGAGUAUUCUCAAAAGGUCGUCGCGGGAGUUCUGCAAAGACAAGGAGGCGGAUCGCCUAAGUGUGGCAGACGGGAACCGUCUCAGCAGCUCGAGAAGCCGGUUAAGUCUGCGCUCCACCACUUCAAUGGCGGAUUUAGCGGAGGAGGGAAGCAAUGACGCAGUCCAGCUACGUCCGCUUGAAGACCCAAAUCCACGUCGCGAUUCAGCACCGUCCCUGAGCUCCUCUCAUGCUACGACGGACUUCAGCUUCAGCCCCGGGGGAAUCGGAGGUGGCAGAUUCAUCCCAGCACGAGAGUCAUCUCUACGCCAUAAAAGUGGUGGCUCGAAAAAGAGACGAUCCACCCGACACAGUGUAUAUUCGAAUCGGGAUUUUACUAUCGACCGCGAAAUUGCAGAGGUUAAUGGGGAGAAUGACCAGACAUCAAAACGAAUCACCGAGAACAGCAACAAUCAACAAGACAAUGCUAAAAAUGGCUCACAUGCAGAUGAUCAGCUUCCAACACACUAUUCCUCAACACUCAAAACAAGCCCACAGUCAUCUGUGAGGCAUGUCACUCCCUCCGGCGCAAACAAACAGAAGGAUUCAUUAGAAAGGACCCGAUUCACCAAAGUGGAAGAAUUGAGUUUUGACCGCGAAGAAAGUGCACCUUCACCCACUGUCCAAACUCGCCGGAAAACUUUGGUCAAGAAGAGGAACAGCGCGCCGCUUGCAUUGAAACAAACAAACAUACAACCAAUGAUGGGGAAGCAAGAGAAAGCUGACUCCUUGCACAAACCUUCAAAGCGACUUUCCAGUAGUGCAACUUCUGGAACCAGGAGUCCUCACCGUAUCUCAGCUGCUUUAUCUGCACCAGUGCCCCAAACUCCAAAUGCAGAGGAGCGACCGUCAAGUGCAGAUUCAGUGGAUGAGGGAGUCCGAGCAUAUAUGACGGCUUCGCGGCUGACCCAGAAAGUAACACACCCCCAGUCCGGUCGGAUAAUUGCAUUUUCUGAAGUGGGUGAUCCAAACGGGCAUGUGGUGUUUUGUUGUGUGGGAAUGGGCCUCACAAGAUACCUUACAGCAUUCUAUGAUGAAUUGGCUAGAACGCUUAACUUGCGGCUUAUCACACCAGAUCGCCCUGGGGUCGGUGAGAGUGAUCCUUGUGUUGAUGGUUCAGGACCUCUUAGUUGGCCCGAUGACUUGGCUAUCAUAUGCAAUCAGCUGAAAAUUACCAAAUUUUCAAUGCUGGCACACUCUGCCGGCGCUAUUUAUGCCCUUGCGACGGCCUUACGGAUGCCUCAACACAUUCGGGGGAGGCUUCAUUUACUCGCACCUUGGAUACCACCGUCUCAAAUGUCUGGAAUGGGUUCUCACAAAGAUCCACUCCCAGCGAACGCCCUGCCUUACUCCCAACGGAUUCUACGGGCGCUUCCCACGCCGAUUUUGAAAGUGGCGAAUUCUCGUUUCAUGACAACCACUAGUGCAAGCGUUACCAGCAGUCUUCCAAAAUCGUCUCGCAGAAGCAAGCGACUCAAUGGCCUCACGAAAGAGAAGGAAACAUCGUCGACUGCGGAAACUGCGGUCACCAUUGGAGCGGAGGUAGGAAGAGCUUCGACAGCCGCCCCUCGGACCUCAGUCCACCGCCAAUCACAGGAUAUCGUAUCGCGCGCAACUUCUGAUCCCUCUGACCCGAAAGCCGAAUCUGCGAUUCUCGCCGCCGCAGGAGCAGAUCGUGAGCGACAAAGCGAGUACGACAACCGCUUAACGCACGCUAUCUGGGAGUUUGCGACCACCAAUGCAAAUCCAGCCGUCGACCUACUAAUUUGCCUCGAGCGUCGACAAACCAUUGGAUUUAGAUACAACGAUAUCACGCGUUCUGUGGUUAUACACCAUGGCUCGAAGGAUACUCGAGUGCCAGUUGACAACGUCAGAUGGCUGGGCAAGACCAUGCGGCGGUGCGAAGUGCGUGUCCUAGAAGGCGAGGGCCACGGUCUUAUGGCAUCUGCGACCGUUAUGGGCAACGUGCUGAUGGAAAUGGCAAAAGAGUGGGAAGACUGGACGACAGUCGUGCAAGGACGACGAGAUGGAAAAAUCGCGAACGGCCUCUUGUGA